UUGUCGACCUUAACGAACUUUUUGACAAACCUAAUGCUCGAAUCUUCAGAGUCUAUGGUGACGUAAUUCAGCUAUCAAAUACUUUGGAAAUUCCACAUUUGGAUGGUAGUGGUAUUAUUUUGAUCGCAGCAAGACGAGUUGAAAUUAAUCCAGGAUGUCAAAUAAUUGUUAAUUACAAGAAAUUCUUUCGAAUAGUAAUAUACACUGAAGAAAUGACUUCUGAACUUGAAAUUAUCGCAAAAAAUCAACUAAAAAAUGAUGAUUCAUCAAAAUUUGUUAUUAACAAAUUAAAAGAUGAUAAAUGCGUUGGUAAAUUACUUACUAUACGCGAUGGCAAGAGCCCUGAAUAUAAAGACAUACAUGUAUUUGAUAAUAAUAUUUUUGAAGAAAGGAGGAAUAAUGAAAUUUCAUUUGUUCCAUUAUUGGAUAAACAAUUCUACAGAAAUGGGAUCAAUGAAUUUAUGGAAACUGUAAAAUUUUAUGAACAUAAAUAUAAGCAAUUUCUAGAUAAAAGUGAUAAAAUUGAUCAAAUGAAAUUAGAAUCUGAAUUUUCAUUAGAAAAUAUUAAUGAUGAAACCGAAUUGCAUGAUCAUUUAAAAAAGAAUGAAUAUGAACGUUAUGAUUCAGCAUAUAAAUUGGUGAAAAAGAUAAAAGACGAGUUAAAGGAGAAACAAAAUGUCGUAAACAACGCAUGUGAACAUUUUAAAGAAGAAAUUGAAAAAUGGAAGGAUCAAAAGAUCUAUGAGGAACAAAUGAACGUGCUAAUUGCAGUUUUUAACUUAGCUAUACGUAUUGGUACAAUUGUUAUCAGACCUGAUGGCAUAGUUAACAUUAUUGAAUCUAUAGAGAAGACAUCUAUUUCGGUUCAAGAUGCUCUGAAUGCUGGUGAUAAAGUAAAAGCAUUCAUUGACGAAAACAAGGACUUAAAAGACAACUUAAAUGAUAUAAAGGAUAAAAUUGAAACAAUUCAAAAAAUUGAAGAAGAUUUGAAAAAUAAUUGCAACAAGGCUAAAGAUCUGAAUAAUAGUGUGAUAACAGAGCAAAAAAGAAUCGAAUCUUUGGAU